AUGCUGGAACAGGCACUCGCACACGCAGUCCCCUUGCAAUCUGAGAGGGAUAACUUGAUGCAGCAUAUCCAAGCGAAGCACCAUACGCCCGAGGCACCCCGGCCUCCCAAACCAUUCAGUCAGGAUAUUGCCGAAGACACCCAACACAUUCGAGAAGGACGAAUCCUUCAAGACCCAGAUGGCACGGUGCGCUAUCUCGGCGAAUCUUCAGGAGCCACAUUCCUCAAUCACCUGCGAGAGUACAUGGCGACGGUUUUCCCACAGGCCUUCGAAAAUGCAUGGUCAGGUACCUCGAAUCCUGAUGUGACAGCUUUCAUCUCGGCGCUCGGGAAAUAUCAAACUCACGACAGUCGUCCUCUGCUAACGUCUACGGUCAACCCUCUCAUAUCGGCGACAAAUGAUGAAGCCGCGGCGAUGCUGUCGGAGUUUCGGCACUCGGCUCAGGAUGGUGAAGGUACUUUUGCUUCUGGUGGUAUCUAUUAUUGGGUUGAUGUCCAGGCUGUCCUGGGUGAAUAUCCAGCUUAUGUUGAUGGUGUGAGAACUAUCGAAGCGGCUCCUAAUGCUCUGUUCGCUGUUGCUUGUCAACUCAACCCGAAAUGCGCACCGUCCUGGGAAACCGGAUUUGGACAGGCGUUCUUCGCGAGAGCAAAAAGCGUAUUGGGGAAUCCUCUGGACGAAUCUACCAUUAAUGAUGCAACCGUCCUGGCACUUCUAGGAUUCUACCUGCUCAACAGCAAUCGGCGUGAUGCUGCAUAUAUCUAUGUCAGCAUCGCAAUGCAUAUUCUCAUCGUCCAUGGAGUUCAUCGUGCUUGGUUGGUCGACGAGCAAGGCAAAAGGCUAUUUUGGACCGUCUAUAUCCUGGAUCGAUGGCUGAGUUGUUUGAUGGGGAGGCCGGCCCUUAUCUCUGACGAGGCGAUCAAAUUGGACCUGCCUCGAAGUUCAAGUGACCUGCCUCCUCCGGACGGUCUCCGUGCUAAUAUCGAGCUUGCCAGAAUCUCAAACUACAUUGUCUCAAAUAUCUAUGACGUUGCACGGCAGAGUGAGGAACCACCCAUGACGACGCUCUGCAUUCAGAAGUCCCUGAGGUGGUUGAGGUCUUGGUCGGAAAAUCUUCCCGCCACGGUUAUAGGCACAGAGGAGAACCUGACUUGGGACCGGGCUGUUGGAGAACUGCACAUGGCGCACAAUCAGCUCAUCAUCCUCACCGUCCGACCUUUGUUGUUUCUCAACGUCAAGAGAGUCACAGCCGACACGCUCCUGAACGGUAGAACAACAGGUCAUGAGAUAUCACACAGGCCAGAGCUCGAUCUGUGUGCAGAUGCGGCGAGAAGAAACAUCCAUCUAUGGCAUCGACUCUUGAACUUACAACGACCUCCAAGGCUCUCGGCUUCGGGCGUCCAUUUUCUAUUCAAUGCUGCUCUUGCGUUACAGCUCUAUCAACUUCUGGCUUAUAGUAGGGCAGAAGGAGACUAUGAAGACAUCGGAUUCGUCAUUUCCACCUUGGAAGUAGACCAAAGCAGUAACAAAGAAUAUGCCGCCGAUUGCGCCAGGGUUCUUACAGAUUUCAACUCGCUCAUGGCUCGGCUACAAAAUAUCGACCUUUCGAAAACAGCCUGCCGAGGUGGGAACGCGCGCGGCCGCAUACGCGGUAUACCAUCUAACUCUUCAGUCAUUCUCUCUCCGACCAGUGACAUCCGCCCGGCAAGCUAUGCGGAGUCUUGUCGCCAACACCAAUCUGAUUUUAGCGAAGCAAAUGGCGAGCGCACACUUCCUCCGUAUGAUGAUCGAACUUACCAUGAGCUUCUGUCAUGGCUUGAAAGAGACAAUCUCCAGCAGAAGUUCGACUUUCCAGGUCGCUUUGGAUGA